CAUUUGCAAAAAUUUUCAUUUUGUAUAUCCCAUAAUACUUCAGCAAAUUUUCACCCAUAGCAUUUAGAUUAAUGGAUAAUACUAAUUAAAUUAGGAAUUAAUCAGCUUAGCUUUUUCUAAACUAUUUGAUGUAAAGUUUUCGACAUGAAGCAAUAAGUGUGUUUCUAAACUCGAUUCAAAUUGGUUCCUAAUAUUUGGUGUCCCUAUAAUAUAAAAAAAUCCGCAAAUAACACGCGACAAUGCUUUGGUUUUACGCAAGCCAUAACGACCGGAGUACUUCGCUAUGGAAGGCGCUAUUUAUGCUGCUUGCCAUCUUCGCAACACCGCUUACCUAUGCGGCUAAUGCUGAAGCUGCGCGUGUGCUUGAAUUGAGCGAUCGUUUUUUGGAAGUAUACAAUCAAGGACAAUGGCUGGUCAUGUUCUAUGCACCCUGGUGUGGUUAUUGUAAACGUACUGAACCCAUUUUCGGACAGGUUGCACAAGAACUACAUGGACUGAGUAUACGUGUUGGAAAGCUGGAUUGCACACGCUUCCCGAAUGUUGCACGUGAAAUGCAGAUUCGUGCUUAUCCAACAAUAAUGUUCAUAAAAGGUAGUGCAAAGUAUGUGUAUAAUGGUGAUCGUACCAAAGAGGAGUUGGUUGACUAUGCGCUGCGUAUGAGCGGUCCACCGGUGCAGUUGGUGACUCGUCCCGAAAGUAUCGAUAUGCUUAAGGGUUCACAUACAAUCUUCUUCAUUUACAUUGGUCAGCAGGAAGGUGUCAUGUGGGAGUCAUUUUAUGUGGCGGCAGAAAACUAUCAAGAGCACGGAUUUUUCUAUGCAACCACACCGGAUAUUGCAACACAGCAUUUCGAUUUUGAACACUUGCCGGCUGUAGUGGUUUAUAAAGAAGAGCAACACCAUUUAUAUCCAUUUGCACAUGUAGCACACGAAAUGGAUGUAAACGAAAUUAACGACACUAUACACCAUUGGGUGAAUGUCGAAAGAUUUGUAACAUUCCCGAAAAUAACGCGAUUCAAUAUGAAUCAACUAAUGCAAACGAAAAAAUAUUUAGUUAUUGCCGUUGUAGAAGAAGACAAACUGAAUCAAGUGGCAACUCAUGAGUUAGAAUUCCGUGAUAUGGUAGAAGGUGUUAUACGCAAGCACCGUGAUAGAUAUCAUGAUAAAUUUCAAUUCGCUUGGAUUGGUGAUCCGAGCAUAGCGCAUUCCAUCGUACUAGAUUUGUUGGCCACACCUCAUUUGAUUGUGAUUAAUUCCACCACUCAACAGCAUUACAUACCUGACGAUGAACCACUUAAGAUGACACCACAAGCUCUUCAUGUCUUCCUCGAAUCUAUUCAUAAUGAGAGUGCUACUCCACUUGGUGGUGACACCUAUUUUGUGCGUCUCAGGCGUGCAUUCUUCGAGCUCAGGAAGGGGUUAAGCGAUAUGUGGAAGGGCAAUCCCGUACUUACAACUGUCGUUUUGGGCUUACCAUGCGGAUUUUUAUCCCUUAUUCUAUAUUCCAUCUUCUGUGGUGAUUGCUUUGUGGCAUCAGAUGAAGGGGAUGAUCACGAGAAAACAGAGUAAACUCUGCGCAGAAUGCUUUUUCAUAUGCAUUACAGUGUUCGCAAACAAUAUUUAUUGGCUUUAUUUAUAACUUUCUAGUCUAAUUGUAUCGGUUUAUAGUUUUUAGUAUAAUUUGUGGCUGUCUUAUUUUAAUUUUUGGACAUUAAGUUGAAGGCCCAAACAACGUCAUACAUAAUAAAUAUGUUGAUAUUUAGUAGUGUGUAUGGACGAGUAUAUAUGAAAUAAUCGGCUACAUUCCAACGUUAAGUGACGGAAUAAAAUGAAAUUUUAGUAUAAAACUACGGAAAUAACGCCAUUGGAGCUAAUUCAAAAAAAAUUAUUACGUGUUCAUCAUAGUGAUAAUAAUCCAAUAUGUACUUAUAUAUUUUGUAUGAUCGAAUAACUUUCGUAGAUAUGUACUGACGUUUCGAUAAAAUACAAAGAUUUCGUGAAUUAAAAGAA